AUGCCUACCUCCCCUCUCUCGCCGUCGCCAUCUACUGAAACCUCUCCACAACUAAGUGAUGAACCAGACUUGACGGACCUGGUUACAACACCACCAAUCUCUUCUGUGUUGGUCGACGACGACCAAAUCGUCGAACAGAAUGUUAUCGGUGACCAAGAAAUGGAGGAUGCCAUUAUGGCUUCGUAUGACGUCCAGUGCGGAGGAGAUAAAGAUGAAAUUAGCUUCUGGGAUAUCAUUGCCGAGUCUCACAUGAGACUCGAAAAUUACAAUGAUCAACCUUUUGAUCAAGAAAUGUCGGUGGCAACAUCAGGUUUGAUGUCACCGCCUCGGCCGGCAACUGAUCCGGUGACCUCCACACCUUUAGCACCUUCGCCUGAUUUGUCGUCUCAUUUGCCGAUCGGGUAUGAAGACUUGCUUGGUGGCACAACAUUGCCAGUCUCGCCUUUGCCAUUGUUAACGCAAAAUCAGCCUUUAUUUUCAAAUGUAUCAAACCCAAGCCAUUGCAUCACCUUCGGCUUGCGGCAGGACGGCACAGCUUUUCCAUUAUCGAAACCUAUCAUUCGAGAGGAUGGACUUUUGCUUGUUGGCACAGAAAUUGAGGCAGAUCCCUCGCUACCAAACGGUGAAAAGAAUCGCAUCUUUGUUACAAACUUCUUGGCUUCGGGAUCUCCAGCUCAUAUAGCGGUAAAAAAGGAGGUCCGUGACCUCCAAUGGAUGGGCUCCUACGCCGCAAUUGCAGCGAUCGGCAAAGAAAUCCAUGUUAUCCAUUUGAGGGAUCUUGCUCUUGGGGGUCCUUGCAGACUGCAAAAUCCAAUCAACACGGUCCACUCAGACACCAUUCGAGAGCUUGCUGUCUCGCCUAUUACAGACACACACGUCUUGUCUGGAGGUUUCGACGAAACUGUGGUUUUGACUGAUCUUCGUUAUCACGGCGACCCACAAGCUGCAGCUGUUAUCGGCAAAUUUGAUGCCCACGACGUGGUGAGCAGCGUCCGCUGGUCAUUGAUUCAUACUCAAAUGAGCUGGACAACAGAUGGAGGAGAUUUCCAAAUUGUGGAUACUCGCAUUCGCUUGCCACAACUCCAAAUGCCUCUUUACUCCUUUGUGAACGUAAAUGCAUUGGGCGGUCUCUUCGCACACGAAUACCUGAACACCUUCACGGUCGCUCUAGGAUUUGAACGAGGUCACAUCGCUUUUGUUGAUCUUCGCAUGCCUCGACAGUCAUGUUGCACGUCCCUAAUCGAAUCGAAACUGUCGAGUGUUGGUGAAAUUCGUCGUUCCAAAACGGACAAGUUGAGUGUAUUUGGUCGCGGUGGAUUUUCAAAAUCGAUUAAUUCAACAGCCAGCAGCUUAAAUCAUCUCACCGUGUAUCAGCCGCAAUGUUUGAAGUCGUACAAAACUAGCGGUGAUUUCUCCUAUGAGCGAGGGCUUUAUCUCGCUGCUUCCGACAACAUGGGAAUUGUAACGGUAUACACGGACAUCAACUUUGGCGCGUCCGCAGUUUAUAACAACAAUGUUGCUGCGUGGUGA